CGGCCGCUGGGGCCGGAGGGCGCGGCGCGGGGACGCGGCGGCCUGGCCAGGCGGGGCCGGAGCCGAGCAGGCCGGAGCGGGCCGCGCGCCGGGGAGGGUCGCGCCGCGCCCGCCCCCUCCCCGCCGCGCCCGGGGCGCACGCGCGCUCCUCUCGCCGCCCCUCCCUCCGCGUGGGGACCCCUGGCGGGCGGCACGAGGACAUGGCCAGCGACGCCGUGCAGUCCUGCUGAUGGCCUGCCGGCCUUGCCGAGGAGCUGGGCGUAUCUGGUGUUGCCGAUCACACAAGAGUGAGCCUCGCAGCUGGUCCCUGCUGGAGCAGCUGGGCCUGGCCGGGGCGGACCUGGCGGCCCCCGGGGUGCAGCAGCAGCUGGAGCUGGAGCGGGAGCGGCUGCGGCGGGAAAUCCGCAAGGAGCUGAAGCUGAAGGAGGGUGCUGAGAACCUGCGGCGGGCCACCACUGACCUGGGCCGCAGCCUGGGUCCUGUGGAGCUGCUGCUUCGGGGCUCCUCCCGCCGCCUCGACCUGCUGCACCAGCAGCUGCAGGAGCUGCACGCCCAUGUGGUGCUGCCCGACCCAGCAGCCACCAACGAUGGCCCCCAGUCCCCGGGUGCAGGUGGCCCUGCGUGCUCGGCCACCAACCUGAGCCGCGUGGCGGGCCUGGAGAAGCAGUUGGCCAUUGAGCUGAAGGUGAAGCAGGGGGCAGAGAACAUGAUCCAGACCUACAGCAAUGGCAGCACGAAGGACCGGAAGCUGCUGCUGACAGCCCAGCAGAUGUUGCAGGACAGUAAGACCAAGAUAGACAUCAUCCGCAUGCAACUUCGCCGGGCGCUGCAGGCUGGCCAGCUGGAGAGCCAGGCGGCCCCCGAUGAGACCCAAGGAAGUCCUGACCUUGGGGCCGUGGAGCUGCGCAUCGAAGAGCUGCGGCACCACUUCCGAGUGGAGCACGCGGUGGCCGAGGGUGCCAAGAACGUGCUGCGCCUGCUCAGCGCUGCCAAGGCCCCGGACCGCAAGGCUGUCAGUGAGGCCCAGGAGAAAUUGACAGAAUCCAACCAGAAGUUGGGGCUGCUGCGGGAGGCUCUGGAGCGGAGGCUCGGGGAGCUGCCCGCCGACCACCCCAAGGGGCGGCUGCUGAGAGAAGAGCUCGCUGCAGCCUCGUCUGCUGCGUUCAGCGCCCGCCUGGCCGGUCCCUUCCCCGCCACUCACUACAGCACCCUGUGCAAGCCCGCGCCGCUCACAGGGACCCUGGAGGUACGUGUGGUGGGCUGCAGAGACCUCCCAGAGACCAUCCCCUGGAACCCUACACCCUCAGUGGGGGGACCUGGGACCCCAGACAGCCGCCCCACCUUCCUGAGCCGUCCGGCCCGGGGCCUUUACAGCCGAAGUGGAAGCCUCAGUGGCCGGAGCAGCCUCAAAGCAGAAGCAGAGAACAGCAAUGAAGUCAGCACUGUGCUUAAGCUGGAUAACACAGUGGUGGGGCAGACGUCUUGGAAGCCGUGUGGCCCCAACGCGUGGGACCAGAGCUUCACCCUGGAGCUCGAGAGGGCACGGGAACUGGAAUUGGCAGUGUUCUGGCGGGACCAGCGGGGCCUGUGUGCCCUCAAAUUCCUGAAGCUGGAGGAUUUCUUGGACAAUGAGAGGCAUGAGGUGCAGCUGGACAUGGAACCCCAGGGCUGCUUGGUGGCCGAGGUCACCUUCCGCAACCCUGUCAUUGAGAGGAUUCCUCGGCUCCGACGGCAGAAGAAAAUUUUCUCCAAGCAGCAAGGGAAGGCGUUCCAGCGUGCCAGGCAGAUGAACAUCGACGUCGCCACGUGGGUGCGGCUGCUCCGGAGGCUCAUCCCCAACAGCACCUUCAGCCCCGGGGCUUCUCCGGGGUCCGAGGCCCGGACUGCCAGUGACGUAUCGGUGGAGAAGCUGAAUCUCGGCGCCGACUCAGACAGCUCCCCCCAGAAGAGCUCGCGGGGUCCUCCCUCCAGCCCAUCAAGCCUGAGCUCCCCAAUCCAGGAAUCUUCCACCACUCCCGAGCUGCCUUCGGAGACCCAGGAGACCCCAGGCCCCGCCCUGUGCAGCCCUCUGAGGAAGUCACCGCUGACCCUCGAGGAUUUCAAGUUCCUGGCGGUGCUGGGCCGGGGUCACUUUGGGAAGGUGCUGCUCUCCGAAUUCCGGUCCAGCGGGGAGCUGUUCGCCAUCAAGGCUUUGAAGAAAGGGGACAUUGUGGCCCGAGACGAGGUGGAGAGCCUGAUGUGUGAGAAGCGGAUCUUGGCAGCAGUGACCAGCGCGGGACACCCCUUUCUGGUGAACCUCUUCGGCUGUUUCCAGACACCGGAGCACGUGUGCUUCGUGAUGGAGUACUCGGCCGGCGGGGACCUGAUGCUGCACAUCCACAGUGACGUGUUCUCCGAGCCCCGUGCCGCCUUUUAUUCUGCCUGCGUGGUGCUGGGCCUACAGUUUCUUCAUGAACACAAGAUCGUCUACAGGGACCUGAAGUUGGACAAUUUGCUCCUGGACACUGAGGGCUAUGUCAAGAUCGCAGACUUUGGUCUCUGCAAGGAGGGGAUGGGCUAUGGGGACCGGACCAGCACAUUCUGUGGGACACCCGAGUUCCUGGCCCCUGAGGUGCUGACGGACACGUCGUACACGCGGGCCGUGGACUGGUGGGGGCUGGGCGUGCUGCUCUACGAGAUGCUGGUUGGUGAGUCCCCAUUCCCAGGGGAUGAUGAGGAGGAGGUCUUUGACAGCAUCGUCAAUGACGAGGUUCGCUACCCACGCUUCCUGUCUGCCGAAGCCAUCGGCAUCAUGAGAAGGCUGCUUCGGAGGAACCCAGAGCGGAGGCUGGGAUCCAGCGAGAGAGACGCGGAGGAUGUGAAGAAACAGCCCUUCUUCAGGGCUCUGGGCUGGGAAGCCCUGUUGGCACGGCGCCUGCCGCCGCCCUUUGUGCCCACGCUGUCCGGCCGCACCGACGUCAGCAACUUCGAUGAGGAGUUCACUGGGGAGGCCCCCACACUGAGCCCGCCCCGCGACGCGAGGCCCCUCACAGCCGCGGAGCAGGCGGCCUUCCUGGACUUCGACUUCGUGGCCGGGGGCUGCUAGCCCCUUCCUCUGCCUCUGCCCCUGUCCGAGAGCUCCUAGUUUUUAAAAAGGCCUUUGGGAUUUGCCCGAUCCAUGCAA